AUGCCUCAACUUCCUGCUCUUCCGGAGCGCCAGAUAGUGGCGGUGGUGUGGACCUCCCUCGACCCGCAGCGUAUCAGCAUCGCCGUCAAUCCGCCCUUGAUCCAAAUCUCCCAAAUCACGGCUCUCAUCGAGAUCCUCAAAUAUGACACCCAGGUAGAUAUAUGGGACGGCAAUUGGGUGAGGAAGACGAUCAUAACAGACACGAUCGAAAUUGAGGACACCACGCGAGCCAUUCUGGCGCGCAAGACGACGGUGGGAAAAUGUAGAGGGCUGGGCUCAGAGAUAGCGGCCUGGGAGAGAUCGUGGAACCCUGGUCGUCCUGCGAUGUUAGCGCAUGUGUGUUUGGGAUCGAAGGGCCCGAUUGGAACGAUGGUCGUCGCAUGGCUGGAGCCCGACAAGACGGCUCACCCCUACCUCAUCUUCGUGGGCCAGACAAGCGGGCUCCCCUUCGGCGCGUUCCUCCACUUGUGCCUGGAACAAGUGAGCGCGACAGCGACAACCACCGCCCCGCUCAGACCAACGGCAGGCAUGGGAUGUCAGAUUCAGUUCUGGCAUCCUCAGAUAUCAACAUGGGUUCAGGCGUCUGCAGAAAGCCCGGCGCCGAAGGGCCCCAUCAUCCUUAUUCGAAACUCCGCCAAUGCGUGGGCAAGAGACGCCGGCUACAUGAUGCAGCAAUGGGAGAUGGCUAACCCUCAGUACCUGGCCGAGCAAUCUCAGACCGAGGUGCCUGGUUUUCCACUUUUGAUACGAUCUAUAUCGAAUCUAAUGGCCAAGCAGGGCGAGGAUAUACUGGCGCCGCUCGAGGCGGAGGCGCUAGGCGGGAUGGCGGGUCGGUUGUCAAGGAUCAAGGACGAACCGUCCAACGCUGAGAAUCUCCUCUCCGCAAACCAAGAGUUUCUCCAGGCCGACGCGGAGAUGGACGUGGAACUCGGGCAGUCUACCCCGUUUGUACAGCCUUACCACAUCCCCGAGGGGGUUAGCUUCGAGGAGUUCCUUCGUCAGAGCAUCGAUGACUACUAG